GCUGCAAGCGGCAGCAGAGAGCAGGUAAAGACAUGCUUGCUUUUUUAAAAAAAAGAUCCUGAUUGCCCUCCCUCCUCCCUGUGGCGUGGAACCAGUUCUGACCUCGUCCAGACUGGUUCAGCACCAAACCAGUGAAUGAACUUUGGUUUGUGCACAUCCCUGUUAUUCAGCCUAGUUGGAUUGCUUGAAAACGCAGCAUUCUGUAGCUGACAUAUAUAUACUUCUUAAUUCAUCUUAGGGCAACACAGUCUUUUUCAAAGCUGUCUGGUGAACUGUGACAAAAGUAAUAUAAUUACUUUUGUUAGACUGGCAUCUGAUUUUCAAACAUUCCAGACAUUCUCUUUAAUCAAGUGCUUCUCUUUCUCCUCUCCACACAAAGAUCUUUCAAAAGGAAUAGAUACGGUAGGUUGUCCUAUCCUAGGCAUGCUCAUUUGGAUUCAACUCCCAUUGAAUUUCUGGGGUUUACAGCCUAGUAGUGUGCAUUGGAUUGCAGCCUUAAAAGUGUUUUAAGGGGCUGCUAACUAUUAUUAGUCUGCUUGGAUAACACAUGCCCCUGUAUGAAAAGGAGCAAUUAAGCUAGUCUCUCAGUACAAGUUGUUUCUCAGAGGCAUUCAUUUUCCUUCACUUUUCUAGUUACAAUGAGGGCGUGUGUGUGUGUGUGUAGGACAUGGUAUGUUUGCCACUGCCAGUAUUAGCAGUAAAGGGAGUGGAGAAUGCAUAAAAUACAAAGGAAGUCUUGAUACUUUGAAAAUGAAAAUGUCCAAGCCAGUUGAACUGGUUUCUAAUAGAAUUCUGGGCGUGUCCUGUUCCAGCUCAACUAAGCCUGCGUUCAGGAAACUGAUCAUUUUGUAUGGCAUGGUUUGCUUCUGGUGAGAGGAAUUUUUACUUCUGUAAAGCAAUGAGGAAAUGCUGCUGCUUUAGCAACUCAGUGGCCAAUCUAAUCCAAUCUGAACAAAAAGACCAGUUAUCUUGAGAGCCUUUUGCAUGAAAACACUGCCCCCAGAAGAAGAUGGGCCAGAAAUUAUCACAGGAAACUAAUCAAGACAAUAAGGCUGACAUCCUGGUUAUAUGUGAUGUAUUUAGCCAAGGAGUGGUUUAUGCAUCACAGAAGCUGAAAGAAUAUCUUGGAUUUGAGGAUCCACAGACUAAAUUCCACCCAGGCACGGAUACCCUGAAUGAGAUUUUUUUGGUCAACUUCAUUAGUUUCUGUGUUGAGAAGGGUGUUGAAGAGCGUAUCACAACCAGCAAAAUGUCCAAGCAACAGUCCUUGCUUUUUGGAGUUGACUGGGUCUGGACUUUAUCCGGAGCUGACAAGCAAAUAAAACUUCAGAUUGCUGUGCAGUCUCUACAAAUGGUUGAUCUGUCCAAAGGAGCUCAGCCUCAUGAAGUCAUAGGCAGUAAUGGAGAGGCAAUGUUGGCAGAUGAGCAUUUCCGAAACAAAAGCAGGUUUGAAAAGCUGGAAGAAUUCUGCACGCUGGUGGGACAUGACUGCCUUGGUUUGUUCAUAAUGUUUGGGGUUCCAGGGAAGCCCAAAGACAUUAGAGGAGUUGUGUUAGAGAGCAUCAGAAAGGAGAAACGGAAAAAUCUUUUGUCUGGUGAGAAUGCUUUAAGACAGUUUAUUUUGAACACUGAUAGUUUUCUUCCAACUAGAGAGAUGCUCGAAAACUGCCUCUCUAAGAGAAAUGGACUGAGGGAAGUAGGUAAGGUUUAUAUUAACUUCCUUUAACUUCCUCAUUGCUGACUAAAAGGUUCCAUUCUCAAUGGUGGAAGAAUAUUGAUCUCUCAUAACGAUUGGUAUCAAAUCUACCUCCAUAUCACAUGCGAAAUUGAAUCUGACUCUUUUGGGUUUUGUGCUAUGUGUUGACUUUACAAAGAAUUGUAACUGUGUAAUUAUUAUGACCGAACUGUGGCAGAGACGUAAUAAAUUUUCAUUCUGCAAUUUUAAAUGUGCAUAUUACCAAUGUUUCUAGCUGG